AUGUUAACGCCUUCUGGGCGGGUCAUCCAUGUUAUAUGUAUAUCAUCUACACACCGAUUUUCAGAUAGUUGCCGAUAAGCAAAACCGACUUAAGAACAAACUCUGAAGGAUACAGAUGGCGAAUAUUGUCCAUGCUCCGUACCCAGGUGCGACCAGCUGUCAGGGAUUGUGUGGACUAAAGAUAUUUAAUCCUCCUGUGCCAGUAACCCAGAACAUAGGGACACUCUAUCCAGGCAAGAUGAUCUUCAUCAGCGGAACCCCAAAUCCAGAUUGUCCCAGAUUUUCAAUCAACCUCAAGAGCGGAAAGGAAAAUGCUUUCCACUUUGACGUUCGCUUUAGUUUUGGAAACGACACAAAUGUGAUCGUAAGGAACGCUAAGCAAGAUACGAAAUGGGGCACACCCGAGAAGACGCUGAGUUCUUCCUUCCCGUUCUGUCGUGGAAAUUCCUUUGAAAUUAUUAUCCUUGUUGAGUCAUCAUGUUACAAGGUCGCAGUAAACAACGAACACUUGGUUGAGUUCAACCAUCGUUUUCCACUGGAAAAAGUCGACCUACUCCGUAUUCGAGGCGAUGUAAAAAUUUCCAUGGUCAGAAUUCAAGGUUGAAUAUUAUAAAAGGACAAAGUCAUGUCCAGCUUACCGGAAGAAUAUUUAUUAUUGACAUUGGUUUCCUGUUUUACCAUAUUAACCUCUUUUUUUUUUUGCUUAUUGCUUCAUGGAGGCAAUACUUUAUAAAGCAUACUUUAGGGACAUGUAUAUUAAAAUGAAUGGGAGUUCAAAACUUUAAAAGAAAUGGUAGAUGUGAAAACAAAUAAAGAAUAUACAUACUUUUUAAGAACUUAUUUUAUGUGGAAAUGUAUAAUUACAACAUCAUGGCAUUAUAACACAGGGUGGCUUUCCGUUGCUGAACGGUGCCAGUAAGGUUUGAACUAACUGGUACAAACAUUAAUUUGAAAUCUUUAGAGUCUACCCCUUUUGUCACUAUAGAUACUGUUGAAAAUGAGAUUCUGUUCAAUGUAAAACGAAAGAAGAUCAAUUUUAUAAUAGAAGAGUGAUUCCCCAUCUUGAAUAAGACACAUAGAUGUUAGCUUUUAGCUGUAAGAUGGGUCAAUCCAAACGCUAUUGUUGUGUGUUGCCACGAAGAUCUAAUUUAAUGUUUGAAUAGUCUGUGUGACAUCUUGGGUACUAUUUUAGCCAGAAUUUAUACAAAGACUUUUAAAAAUCUGUGAAUAGAUCAUUUGAAAUCGUUAAAAUCAACCAAUCAACCAAGCAACAUAAUAGCAGAUUCGGUUUAUUCAGUCUGUUCAUGAGAGGAAGGCGGAAUUUGAUUACAGUAAAAUUGAAUGUUCCAUGAUCUCAAAGGUCCAUAAAAUAAAACUUGUAAACAGGUCGUUGUACAUUUCUAUUUCUGCACUUGUGGGUAUUUUAGAACAAUGUGGUGGCAUAUACAUUUAUGUAUGGUAUAUCUGGUUUGAAGCUAUAUAUAUAUAUAUGAAAUCUUACUAAUUUUCUUGAAACAUGCCUUCAAUUUUUAAGACAUGUAAUUGUAACUUUUAGUAUGUGUCUUAUGGUUCCAAAUUAAGUGACCAUGUGCAUUGUUUCAUAUUGUUUAUAACGUUUAUAGGACAUAUGUUGUGCUGUUUUAUGGUGUACUACUUGUUUAUGAAUGGGAAACUAAUAAAUUAUUUACACAUUCA